CGAAAAGAAGGGGAAAGCAUCAGCUGCUCUCGGCUUCUGCACCUCAUUCUCUACUUCGGCUUCCGAAGAUGCAACCGCUGCUGUUGCUGGGGACUAGCACCGGCACACCAUCGUUGCCGCACAUCGCGUCGAGUUCCUCCGUCCUUCAGCGGCGACUUUCCUCUAAUUCCACCUCUAAUCUCGCUCUCUUCCCUUCGAAUUCACUCUCUUUACUUAAACCAGCCGAAUCGCUGUCAUUUACUACAUUGCGUCGCGAUGCUGUUUACAGCAGAGGAUCAAAGCUACUCUCCUCUACUAAAAUUGCUUCCUCACCAAUUUCGCCUACAUCAACAGCCCCAAAUGAUGAUGCAGAGAAAGCGAAGCUUGCUCAGGUAUCUAAGAGACUAGAGAACACUUCAAGAUAUUUCAAGCGGCUAGGUAAUUUAGGAUUUUGGGGACAACUAGUAUGCACUGUGGUGUCUGCUGUCAUUCUUUCAUUUUCAGUUGUUGUCACUGGGAAGAUCUCGUCUCCUGCUACGUUUUAUGCUACUGGUGGUAGUAUCGCAGCUGCAUUUAUAUCUGUGUUUUGGUCGUUUGGUUAUAUCCGGCUCUCAGAUAAGUUACGGAAAACUGCUAACGAUCCUUCCAAGGCUCCUCCUCGUGCUGAUGUUAUGAAAAGCUUGAAAAAUGGAAUCAUAUUAAAUAUUUUGGGAAUGGGGGCUGCAAUUCUUGGCAUGCAAGCGACAGUUGGAACAUUGGUUGCAAAGGCUCUCACCUCCUCAGCAAAUCCGUACUAUCAGGGAAUCGCUCCCGGCUACAAGCCGGUUCUUGCAUUGGAUGUAUUCUUGGUGCAGGCAUCCGCGAACACCAUCCUCUCUCAUUUCCUGGGGCUUGUUUUUUCGUUGGAGUUGCUGCGCUCAGUAACACUGCCACCUGGAGAAAGCAUUGCAGUUCCCCGUGCUGCGUAAAUCUCUUUCCCUUUGGAGUAAUCAAAUGUGUGUUGGAAUUUCGGGUGAUAGAAUGAUUUUGUAGCCAUAUUUGUUUUAAGAGUGAAAUUCUUUCUUUCACUUCUGCACAAGAUUGAAGAGACUGCUUUUGCACUUUCACCCUAUAAUUAUAAACUCCAUAUACAGUCCAAUGCCACCAUUUC